AUGGUCAUCACAUAUGCCACAGCGCAACCAUCCAGCACCAAUCCAACUCGCACCCUCUCCCUCCAAUACUCCCUCAACGACAAGUCCAACUACCAACCAUUCAACAUUGCCUUCUACAGCUACAACACUUGUGGCGACUUCAUCUUUGACCCGAAUGAGAAGUGCCAUCACGACGAGGUAGCUGGCUUUGGCCAUCCCAAUCUACUCGCCAACUCGACCUGUGGCAAUGAAGUUUGUGAUGAGUCCAAUCCCAAUGAAUGCUUGGCCGACUGCUACUACCACUUUGGCCCAAGGGCAUGUGACACCCCCUACGAGGUCAUCCCAGGCACCUUUGUCCAGUUCACAACCUCCGAUGACACCUUGGGCAAACUGAUUGCCAACCAGAUGGUGUGGCGUGUCCCAGGCUAUAACCAGCUCCAGUUUGGCAUGGAUGUGACAACUGGCAUCCAGGCUCCCCAGCCCAUCUUCAGGUUCGACCUUUGUGACGAUGGAGAACAAAAGAUCAUCCAAGAUGUCUAUCGUGGCACCUUCUACCAGGUACCCAAGGAACUGUCCGUCGUACCUUUGCCCCAGUGCACUUUCUCGACCAACAGUUCGUUCCACUCUGAUGCCCAGUCCCUCAAGACUUCGAUGACCCUCACCACCUCUGAGACCGCCCAGGCCAAUGCCGACUUCUCCAAGGGUGGUAUGCCCAUUGGCAUCUCCUUGUCGGCAUCGUUCUCCAACGACAAGUCAGUGACCAAGGCCAUGAAGAUGAGCUCCAAGAACACGGGGUCCCUCAUCGAUACAUCAGUCACUUGCUACUCGUUGGCCUUUGAGCUCAACUUGGACCGCCAGCAUAUCCCCUGGAGCAGCAACUUCCUCAUCGAUAUUUCGCGCGCCAUCUAUUCCAAGGACUUUAGUGACCUUGUGGUCAAGUACGGCACGCAUAUCUACCUCACCGGCCGCCUAGGUGGGAACUUGAAGCAGAUAACGCAGAUCACCAGCUCGGAAGUCAAGGAGGAGGACGAGUCAUCCUACUCUCAACAGGCGUCCAGGACCUUGGCCACUGCAGUAACCUCGCCCGUGUUCAGCGCCAAUGCCAACUACAACUCGGACACCAACGAGGAGGUCAAUGAACAGUCCAUGAAGCAGUUUGUCUCCAAAACCACCAGGACAUCUGUGAUCACCUAUGGAGGUGCACCCGGCAGCUAUGGCCCUGGUGAUGACAGCACCACUUCAACGUUUGGUGUUUGGGCCAACACGAUUGACCAACUGCCCAUCGUGGUUGACUACCAGAUCAUCCCGAUCAGAGCACUGCUGCCAGAGACCUGGACCACGAUCAUGGGCGAGAGUAUCCUAGCCAAGUGGACCCAAGCCGAGCUGGAGUACUAUGUCUACCAGAUCAACUCGGCCCAGGGCAUGGAAUCAGUUUGGAUGAAAGAGCAGACCCUGCACACGUUCACUAUGUUCAACGGGAAGUUCAAGACAUCCAUCACAUCAGUGAGUGCAAUUACCAACCUCACCACGUCCUAUAUCGACCUCGACACUGCCUCCCCUGGUAAAGGUGAACACCAGAUCAGCACCGACUUCCCCUUCUCCCUCGACACCCUCAGCCACAGGGUCUACAUCAACGUCUCCCAGGACAACACACCAAUUCCUAUGAACACUGAGGGCAUUCCUACCAAGGACCUCAAUGGCGAUACCAGCAAUUUCCUCCAGUACACAAAUCUGAUCAUGGUUGCCUCUGGCACCACGGACAAAUUCUCGGUGGACUAUCGAUGGGACCUGGAAGGCUCGAGCAACUCUGGUGGCUACGUGACCAAUCUCUGGAAACCCUACCAGAUGAAAGAUGGACUGCUGUCGCCCAUUGUCAUCCGAGACACCUCGUUCCUCCUCAUCCCGCCCAUGCCCAUCGCCUACACUUCCAUGGCCAUCAAUGUCAACUCAGGUGGCUACACCAAGGUUGUCUAUGUCAAUCUUCAAGUUCAGGUCCCCCCACAUGUCUCCUGUCCCGUUUCCAUUCCUCAGCCCUUUAUCUCCUUGUAA